AUGUCAUCAGAAUACGACAAAAAUUUACACUUGGCCCAUAUAUUUGGUAUAGCUUCGAUGGUGUUUUAUCACAAUACCAUAAUUUCAGUUUUCACAAUACGAAAAAGACCGAGAAACAUCCCUGAUAUUGCAAGAAUUAUUUUCAACGUUACAGGUGGAAUUCGACUCACUCUCCAAUUCGUUUAUUCCGUACUACCGCCAUUUGUCGACCUGUCAGCAUGUAAAACUGUCUCUUUCGUUUACGCAAUCAUCAUUCUGAUCUAUAGAGUUUCUCUGUCAGCUUUUUUAUUAUGGAGGAUAAAACAUAUUGGUGAAACGGAAUUCGACAAGCAGAGUGCUUAUAUCUUAUUUUCUAUAAGAACGAUCUUACAAAUUAUGCAUAUUGGUUUAUUAAAACCAACAAUUACUUUGAAUACUUCCACGCCAAAUGUUCAUCCUGCCCAUUGUGAUCCGAACCUUUCAACAAAUCUAGUUAUUUGGGGUUGGAUUAUAGCAGAUUUCUUGAUCGAUAUUUAUGUAUCAAUUCGAUUAUUUAUAAUAAUGGGUUCAGCCAAUAAAA